AUGGACGCGCAUAGAGGUCACCGGGACGACGGCAGGCAGGCGAGCAGGAGGAGCAGCAACCCCUGGCAGAGCUUGUCUCACCGGGACUUCUAUAUCGAAAAGGAGAUAGCGAGAACCAACGCUGGCUCUGUGUUCAAGGCGAAGCACCACAGGACAGGCUUGCUGGUUGUGCUCAAGUCGAGGAGGUCAGCGGAGAUAGGAAAGGAUGGCAACAUCAUGCACGAGGUAGAGAUCUUGCAGAGCCUUGAUCACCCCAACAUCAUCCGAUGCUAUGGCUCGUUCUGGCACAAGGAGAUCGGCACCUUCUACAUGGUCCUCGAGUUCUGCGAGCGAGGAGACCUGUCGCAGUUGAUCGAAGAGCAGAGAAGGAGGAAGGAGCUGCUCACAGAACGAGAGGUCUGGCGGAUAUUCAUCCCCGUUAUGAAAGCGGUGGAGUACUUGCAUGACAAGGGAAUCAUACAUAGAGACAUCAAGGCUUUAAAUAUCUUUAGGACGGCCAACGAUGAGAUCAAGGUCGGAGACCUCGGAGUCGGCCGCGUUCUCGGGCCAGAGACAGUCAUGGUGGAAACCAUGUACGGAACGCCACUCUACCUCAGCCCGGAGCUCUGCGACAACAGACCGUACAAUCACAAGACAGACAUGUGGUCGUUAGGUAUCCUGCUGUACGAGCUCUGUGCGUUACACACUCCGUUUCAUGGCCGGAGUCUUCUAGAGCUCUCCAAAGCGAUCUGCAAGGACGAGAUCAAGCCUGUCCCGUCACAAUUUUCCGUCUUAAUUUCUCGCUCGAUUGCGAGCUUGUUAGAAAGAGAUCAGGUGACCGAAGAAUCGGCUGAAUGA